UUCUAACAAGUAAUAGUCUUCUCCUCUCUGAUUGUUGAUGUUAUACAUAGCCUUCUAAAGAUAUGAAAUUUGAACUAAUGCAAUGGAGUUUUAGGCAUUUUCAAUUGCCAAGGAGCAGGGAAUUGGCCUUGUCUAGAACAUGUUCCGGUAGAAGUUAGUGCUGAACUAUCUGGGAAGGUGUCCCCUGCCGAUAUUGAGUAUUUCGAUGAGGUUUCUGGCAAGCUAUGGACAGGAGAUUGGUGCAGUCUAUUCCUUCGCAAAAGGGCGGUCUGUCUCGGUUACCAAAGGACAAGUCAUUUAGCGUAGCAUUAAGAGUCAUCCAGUGCGAUGUCUUUACUAUAUCUCCUAUUAAGGUUUACAAGCAAAACAUUGAAUUUGCAGCGAUUGGAUUAUUGAACAUGUACAAUUCGUGUGGAGCUGUUGAAGCAGUUGAGUGCUUUAUUCAAAAUUCUAGCAGUGAAAUACACAUCUAGGGACGAUGAGGUGGUAGCUUUGGAGCUUACUCGA